CAGCCCGCGGGCCCGGCCCGCAGCCCGGCCCGGCAGCGCCCGAGGGCAGCCCGGCACCCGCAGGAUUGGAAGCUUGCAAAGGAAUUCACACUGGAUGAAAACCAUUUCCUGAAGCUGGGUCUAUUCCAGGAACUGUAACCCAAAUGUUUCUCUGUCCGUGGAGGAGAUUUCACGUUUGAAGAAACUUCUACUGAAGCCAGUCGUGUCCCAUCACCAUGUUCUGGAAGUUUGAUUUGAACACAACGUCACACGUGGACAAGCUGCUGGACAAGGAGGAUGUGACCCUGGAGGAGCUGAUGGACGAGGAUGACGUCCUGCAGGAAUGCAAGGCCCAGAACCGGCGGCUGCUGGACUUCCUGUGCCAGCAGCACUGCAUGGAGCAGCUGGUCACCCUCAUCACCCACGAGCCCCCCGUGGACAUGGACGAGAAGGUCCGAUUCAAGUACCCCAACACGGCCUGCGAGCUGCUGACCUCGGACGUGCCGCAGAUCAACGACAAGCUGGGCGGGGACGAGACCCUGCUCAACAUCCUCUACGACUUCCUGGACCACGAGCCCCCCCUGAACCCCCUCCUCGCCAGCUUCUUCAGCAAGACCAUCGGGAACCUCAUUGCACGGAAAACAGAACAGGUGAUCUCAUUUUUGAGGAAAAAGGACAAGUUCCUGAGCCUGGUGCUAAAGCACAUCGACACCUCUGCCAUGAUGGACCUGCUGCUGCGCCUCAUCAGCUGCGUGGAGCCCACGGCGCUGCGCCAGGACGUGCUCAACUGGCUGAAUGAGGCCAGGAUCAUCCAGAGACUCGUGGAGCUGAUCCAUUCGAGCCAGGAUGAGGAUAGGCAAUCCAACGCUUCCCAGACCCUGUGUGACAUCAUCAGGCUGAGCAGAGACCAGAGCACUCAGCUCCAGGAUGUGCCGGAGCCAGAUCCACUUCUCACAGCACUGGAAUCGCAGGAGUGCGUGGAGCAGCUCCUCAGGAACAUGUUCGACGGCGAGCAGAGCGAGACCUGCAUCGUCAACGGAACCCAGGUGCUCCUGACGCUGCUGGAAACGCGGCGCUCCGGAGUGGAAGGCCUGAUGGACUCGUACACUCAGGGAUUCGAGAGGUCUUACACUGUCAACAGCAGCAUCCUCCACGGCAUCGAGCCCCGGCUCAAGGACUUCCACCAGCUGCUGCUGCGCCCACCCAAGAAACCGGCGAUCCUGACCACGCUGGGGGUGCUGGAGGAGCCGCUGGGCAACGCGCGGCUGCACGGCGCGCGGCUGAUCGCGGCGCUGCUGCACGCCAACACCCCCAGCAUCAACCUGGAGCUCUGCAGGCUGGGCACCAUGGACUUGUUACUUGAUUUAUUUUUUAAAUACACGUGGAAUAACUUUUUGCAUUUCCAAGUGGAGCUGUCCAUAGCAGCCAUCCUGUCCCACUCGGUGCACGAGGGGAAGCCCAGCCCGGGCGAGCCGGGCAGCAAAGAGGAGGCUCCGAGCGCGGGCGGAGCCCCGGAGCCCGCGGAGCCCGCACAGCCCCCGGCCGCGGCCACCGAGAACGUCAUGGUCACCCACCUGUUCCAGAAGUGCUGCCUGGUGCAGAGGAUAUUGGACGCCUGGGAAGCCAAUGACAAAAUCCAGGCAGAGGGCGGCAGGAGGAGAGGGAACAUGGGGCACCUGACGCGCAUCGCCAACGCCGUGGUGCACAACAUGGAGAAGGGGCCCAUGCAGGCCCAGAUCAGUGACUUCAUCAAAGAGUUGCCUGAGGACUGCAGGGGCAGGUGGGAGAGUUUUGUGGAGGAGACGCUGACGGAGACAAACCGGAGGAACACGGUGGAUUUGGUGAGCACCCACCACCUGCACUCCUCCAGCGAGGAUGAGGACAUUGAAAGUGCUUUUCCCAACGAGCUCACUCUCCAGCAGGCCUUCUCCGAGUACCAGAUCCAGCAGAUGACAGCCAAUUUCGUGGAUCAGUUCGGCUUCAACGACGAGGAGUUUGCAGACCAGGAUGACAACAUCAACGCUCCCUUCGACCGCAUCGCCGAGAUCAACUUCAACAUCGACGCUGACGACGACAGCCCCAACGCCUCCCUGUUCGAGGCCUGCUGCAACGAGCGCAUCCAGCAGUUCGACGACAACGACGAGGAGGAGGAUAUCUGGGAGGAGAAGGACAUCUCCUACGCAGCCCAGGUCAAGUCCAGGACACGGUUUGGAGCCUCACAGACGUCAGAGAGCUCCAAGAGUGACCUGGAGAACGGGGACCACGACGGCAGCGUGGACUCGGAGGAGGAGGAGGAGCGGCCCCCACCCCCCUCCCCACACAAGGGCAGCACCCCGGAGCAGAAGGACUCAGACUCCUGCCAAGGGGCUGGCUGGACGGCCGUGUUCGAGCCCGCGGGCCCCACGCCGCCCGUGGCCAUGGACGUGGGCUCCAGCGUGUGGGACUCGGCCGCCCCACAGAGCAGCGCCCCCGAGGAGAAGGGCUGGGCCAAGUUCACAGACUUCCAGCCUUUCUGCUGCUCCGAGUCCGGCCCUCGCUGCAGCUCCCCCGCGGACACCGAGAGCGGCGGCACCGACGGGACCCCGGCGCAGGGCCAGGACAAGAACUCCAGCACCGCUGCCUCUCCCUGUGUGUGGAACGCGUGUGGGACACGGAAGGCGCCGCUGGGGGCCUUGGACAGCAGCUCCUCGGGCAGCUCCGAGAGCGACGACGACGACGACGACAAGGCCAAGGCUGGCACGGAAUCCACGGCCACAGCACAGGAGCCCAGCAAGGACAGGGCAGCUCCCUCCAGUGGCUGCGAGGGAAAGGCUCUGGAGACGCUUCCCGUGGCCGACUGCGGGACGGCCGCUGCCCCCCGAGGAGCCCGGAGCGGCGCGGCCACGCACACGGACGGGCACCAGAGAGCGGCCCCCGCUGCCACAACUGCCACAGAAACGGCCACGAGAGACAGGAGUGACGAGGCCUUGCCCUGCACCGAAGCCACGUUGAACGGCCCCGCUUGAUGCUGCCGCCGCCCUGGGACGUGUGUGAGCCGGGCCAGGCUGCUCCCUGGUGAUGCAAUUUGUCAAUUCUUUAUUAUUUUUUUUUUCAUUUUAAUUUUAUUUUUUAAUAAAUGCUGCAUUGAUGAGAGCGAGCUGGCGUUCAGGACCAGACACGCAGAUCCAACAGCACCGAUCCGUUCGGAAAGACACUCGGCAUUGUCGAAAUGUAGCAUUGAGUUCAGUCCUCACGGGAAUGACGGGCUCUUCCCAAGCCUUCUGCCUGAUUUGAGUUGUCCCCUUCCCCGUGGCCCUGGUUUUCCUUUUGGAUUUGGGGUUCAGUGCUGUUUUCCCAGUGUUAUUGCACACAGUAUUCAGCUUCUCUUGGGAAGGUAGCAGGUCCAGCGGCGGCCGGGGCCAGCGCACAAAUCCCGCAGCCGUGUGACCAAAGUUCCUGAUGGAGCUGUCCUCGGGCAGCCUUUGCACCGCUUUGUAGAGCAAUAAAGCCUUACCAGAAACAUUUCACAGGAGAGGAGGAAUGCCAACACUUCCGUGGGGGGAGCGGGGAGGGCUUGCCUUGGGCUGGCAGGGCCGAGGCCGGGGCUGUCCCCGGCCGGAGCCGGGCAGUGAGGCUGCGGCCCUGCUGUCCAGGAACGGGAUGUCCCCGCAUUCCAGCCCUGCUCCGGGCUCUCCGUGGACUCGUGGUGGAUCAGGGCAGGGGCUGGGCCAGGGCAGAGGUGGCCUCUCCUGCCGAUGUCCGUGCUGGCCGCAGGGGACCCUGCCCACGAGGAGGUGACCAGGGGUUUGCUGGCUCUUUGGAGACUGAAUUAUUGUAUUUGCAAAUGAUGAUGGAAAUCCUUUUUCUGUUUGUUUUGUUCUGUUUUUAAAGUUUUUAAUGGAUGCAGGAACAGCAACACUUUUGCACUUUGUACCUGGUGAUGACAGCGUUGGGGGAGGGCAUGGGAGAGCCCCGGGGGACAUCCGGAUCCCUCAGGGGGAUGGGAGAGCAGGGCCAGGUGAGGGGAGCACCUGGAGCCGGGAUACGGGAUGUGGGAUGUGGGAUAUGGGAUGUGGGAUGUGCCCAGGCUGGGGAAGGCCAUGCUGGUGCCGGGCUCUGAGCUCACUGCCAGCCCAGCCUGGGGGCACAUGAGUGGCACUGGGGGCUUUGGCCACCUGGGGCAGCUGAGCUGGAACCCCCAGGCACGUGGAAUCCUGAAAAACCCUCCCUUCGGAGCAAAGGCUGGAGCUUGGCACACGGGAGCCCGAGCGCAGCUUUGGGAUGCGUCCCUGGGGGUGGGAAGGGCCUCACACUCCCAGCAGGGCAGCCUGGCUGCCCAGCAGCCCCUUCCUUGUGCCGUGUGCCUGCUGGUGGGAUGGCCUCAGCCGGGCUGGGGGAAUGGGGGGAGCCAGGCAUUCCCACUGGGCUCAGCCUGGUGUGCCCCGGCCAGCUCUGCUCGUGGGGUGCUGCAGGUGCCUGGGCUCCUGGAGCUGCCUGGGGCUGUGGGCCACUCGUGUGCUGCUGGCAGGGCUGGGCUGCCCCCAGCCCCGAUUCCUUGGGAAUCAGGUGGUGCAGGGCUCUUGUUCGGGAAGUUUUCACUCGCUGCGUGUAAUUUAAAAUUAGUAAUUUAAAGUUAAUUGCACUGGGAGGGAAAAAAAAAUCUCACUUUGUGCUUUGCUUCCCCCGCUUGGUGUUCAGGGAUCAAUCCCACUCCAGCCAGGACUCUCAGACAGGAUCAGUGGCUUUGAGGUCCUGAUUGGAGACGCAUUGAAGUCUUAAUUUUCCAAGGAUUGGUGCUAGAGUUGUGCUGGACAUCAGGCACUCUCGGGGCCCCAGAGCUGAUUCCAUGGAAGCUGAAGGAUCCAUGUGCUGGUACAGCCUGGCUGGAUCCCGGGGAUGCCAGGGUGCUCCUGCAGCCUGUUCCCUCUGCCUGCCCUGGGGCAGCUGUGCCCAGAUCCCUGUGGGAUCGGGGAUGAGGGGAAUGUCCUGGGCGGGCACAGCUGGAUCAUCCUUCCCGUGGGAGCAGUGCUUUGGGUGGGGUGUGGCCCCUUACAUGGCCCGAGGGACAGGACAGGGCCUCCAGCCCCGAGCUGCUGAGCUUUGGGAGCAGUGAUUCCACCUGGACAGGGAUGGGGCAGCAGUGGCCCCGUGGUGGCUCCCGGAGAUGGGGCUGGCUGUGCCUUCUGCUGCAAUUCCAGCCUGGCAUUCCUCAGCUUUGGCUUCGAGUCCCUGAGUGUCAGUGAGAGCUUUAAUAAUAAUAAUUAUAUUAUUAAUAAUGAUUAUAAUAAUAAUAAUAUCCUUGGGCAUAUCCAGAUCCGAACACAGCUCGUUACUGGGGGCUCGUUAGUGGGUUAAUUUAUUACCUAGUGCUGAGACACAUCACCGGGGCUCGGUCAGACCUGUGGAGAUGCACAGAUUCCAUGGGUUGGGUGCCUGUGGGUGAUCCCUGCACGGCUGGGAUUGAGGCUCUGGGUUCACUGCGCCUCUCCACUCCCCGGGGUUGUUCUUCCCAGCAGCCAGGGGCUGACCCAGACCCAGCUCCUGCUGCUUGGGGUGCCAGGGUUCACAGAGCCAGGGCCGCUUCCUGGCCUGGCUCCGGUGCGUUUGUGGGGAAAUCAGGAAUGGGAAAUCCUUCUGAGGCAGAGCUUCCUGUUCCUGCACAGACACAGCGGGUGUGGAGGCUUUGGAGUGUCCCACCUGGGGUUUUCCUUCUCCCUGCUCCGGGGAAGGGCUUCCCAGGGCUGGAGCAGGAUCUCUUGGCUUCUGAGGAUGGAAUUCCCUGUCCCCCAUUCCCUCAUCCCCUGGCCCUGCUGGGCCCAAGUGAUGAAGGCUCCCCCCAGGUUCCCUCCUGCCUCCUGCCUGGAUUCUCCCACAGUCACAGGGUGUCCGUGGUGCUGGGGCUGCCCCUGGGGCUGCUGAGGGUGUGGGGGACACAGAUCCGUGUCAUUCCACGGAUACUCAUCCGCACACGCUUGGAUCUUGAGAGGAACCUGGGAAGGGGCCCUGGGAGCACAAGGAGCUGUGUUUGUAUCUCCAGGGUCAAGACCAGAAGCAGCAAGGGCAGGUUCCUGGGGGAUGCUUCUGGAAUGUUCUGUGCUUGCCUGGGCAUCGAUCUGGGGAUCUGGUGAUCCCGCUGUGCCAGCUGCUGCACGCUGGGAUGGGAGGGGAGGGGGCUCCUGGACACAGUUGGAGCUGAACCUCAUCCCUUGGGCCAGUCCCAGGUGAUCCCUGGAUCCUGGCACUCCUGCCCCUGGGUGGCAUGUGGGAAGGGCAGGCUCCUUGGGGAUGGGACAACCCCGUGGUGCUGGGAGUGUCCCCAUCACUGUCACAUCGGGUGCCCCUUCCCAGUGUCCCUGGUCCAGUGGGGGCACCCGGGUCAGAGGGAGGGAAGGGAGCAGAGCUGGAGGGCUGGGAUCCCAAAUCCCCGUGUGUGGAGCUGGGAUCCCACGGCAGAUGGAGCCGGAGUGGCUGGGAUUGAGCAUUCCUGGGGCUCAGGACAGGCUGGGGAGGCUCUGUACCCCUCAGUCCAGGGUACAGAGGCUGGUCCAGAAUUCCCUGUGUGUCCCGGGGGGAUAUCCUGCUCCCACUGCACCCAGCACCCUGGAAGGGCAGCCAGCAGGGAAUAUUCCGGUCAUUCCCUCAGCAAUUCCACAGCCAAAAACUUCCCUAAAACAGAAUUCCCUCUCUUCUUGAGGCAGGCAAAAUCCCGGGUGUUUGCUGGGGUCCUGUGUCCUCAGCAAACCCAAGGGAAAUUCCCCAGGUGUCCCAAGGCUUUGCUGUCCCUGGGAUGGAAUCCCAAGGUUUCAUCCUGAGGUUUCAUCAAGAACAUCUCUUUGGAGAGCUGCAGGUGUGCAGGGAUGGAAAGCCCGGGGGCACAGAUUGGAAAGAAAUAGAAAAGAAAUUACAAAUAAAAAACAAACCAAAAGCCCAGUGUUGUCCUCAGUGCCUGUUCCAAAGGGCUUGGGCAUCCCAGUUCCCAGUCUUCCCAGUGAAAGGUUUGGAGUGAAGGUGCAGGGACAUUCCCAAAGAACAUAUCUGAAGGAGAUAUCAUUUAAAUUCCUUUCUUCUUCUCCAGUGGCAUCCCAGAGUCAUUUUUCCCACACUGGCCAGGGAGCUGUCAUUAAAAUCCUGAUUUAUCAGUGGCAAUCCUUGGAGCUCAUCCCUGUGCCAAGCCUUGAAAUCCCAACCCCUCGGGGACCCUCCUCCUCCUGAGGGGACCUGCCUGCCCCGCUGGGUGGGCUGGGAAUCGAUCCAUUGGGAAAAAAGGAAACAGAAUUAUCUGUUGGGAAAACUGGAGUGCGGUGCUUGUGAAGGGCUCAGGGUGUGUCCCAGGUGUAUCCGGGGUGUAUCCAGGGUGUAUCUGGUGUGUAUCCGGGGUGUAUCCGGGGUGUAUCCCAGCUGUACCCGUCUUCCCGCUGUCGUGUCACUCAUGGACUGGCUCUGAACUGGUUUAAACUGGGGGUCGCUGGGCUCGGUGCUGCCCUGAGAGAAUUCCUGGUCCCCUCCUCGCCGGCCACAGCUGCACGUGCUGGACUGGGAGCUCCUCCUGCCAUUUCCCAUUCCCGCUCUCCUGGCUCCGUACCACGUUUGGGAAGCUGUUCCUGCCGUGGAACUUUUCCCUUUCCCGCUCUCCUGGCUCC